UCAAAAUUUCUCUUUUGGGAAGCUAUUCAUGGAAAAGUGUUCGAUUUCGUCUGAUAGAGCAGGUGCUCGUCGGACAACAGCAGACGAUACGGCAACAUCAUGGAUUUUAGUUCAAGAUAGCAGUGGCGAAACAAGAUUGAUGACACAGGAUGAACUUGAAAGAUGUCACAAUGUUCCCAGUUUUAUAGGUUCUGGCCUACCAGUAAAUAUAAGUUUACCAAUACAAGAACAAAAUAACAACAGUGAUCGUAAUAUUCACGAACCAUUAGAAAAUGCACCAGAUAUCAACAAUAACCACAUCCAUGAUAUGGUCAGUGCAACUUACUCAAAUGGAGAUGACAGUAUUGAAACAUUACGAUCUCAGCAACAGGAUAUUUCCAUGGAAAGACCAGAUAUCCUUGAGACUGGGCUCAGUUACAAAAAUCCACCGAUAGAGCUUGUGAUGGAUGAUGAUCUAGAUUCCUCUUUAACACAUGAUGGAAGUUUGUUAGAGCAUAUAUCUCGACAGAUAGCCAUACAGCAGCCUUAUUUAAACCCUGAUAACAAUGGCCAGCCUCUAACCUACCAUAUUGAAGAAAUACCAAUGGAAAAUGUAGAAGCUUUAGGUGUGAGUGCUUCCCUAGGAGACAGUUUUACCAUUGUUCCAAACAUGAUGAAUCAACACCAGCACACAUGGUUUCAGACACCACAUCAGCAAGUUGAACUACGAGGUUCAUCACAGAAUAAGAUUUAUGAACCAGUCACAAUGUACACUCCAACUAAUCAUCAUAAACAGCAACUUCAAUAUAUUCCAUCAGGAAAUAGCAGUACUCCUAUAAGAAUGCACAGUAUCUUGCAGCCAUCUGGAACAAAUGAUUCAGGUCGACAUGUCUACACACCACAUCCAAAGACUGGUCAAGUAAUAUAUGUGUCUGAGCCACAAAUACAGUAUAUGUCACAGCCACUCAAUGCAUCAACAGCAACAAUAAAAACAAAGACUACCAACAUCAGUACACCAAAGAAUAAACAUAAAACUAAGCCAGAGGUACCCAAUUGGUCGAAGAAAUCUGAGUCAAACUUCACCUUACAGCCAAUACAGCCAGAGGUACCCAAUUGGUCGAAGAAAUCUGAGUCAAACUUCACCUUACAGAAAUCAGAUGCAUGUUCCAGUCAGUCACCCAAACCUGUGACAGAAAAAACAGAAGAAAAGGAGAAUAUGUCACCUGACAGUUCUAAGUCUCCAGGAGAACUAGAUUUAGAUUUUCCACCAAUGUUUAUCAACAGUGGUAAUGGAGAGGAGAGCAGAGAACAGCACAAUCUAAAAGAAAGAAAGAGAAGGGCCAGAAUUAAAGAUGCCUGUGAAGUAAUGAGAAAACUGGUUCCUGGUAUGUCUGAUAAAACAGAUAAAGCAACAGUAUUUGAGUUUGCUGCAAGAUAUAUUCAUUUCCUGAAAGGCUUUACAGGAAACAAACAUGAUAAGGAUUUCUUACUGAAGUAUAGUCCAUACUGAGACAAUAAGGAUGCACAUUUUUGUGAUGGUCACACUGGAGACAUCAAUGGAUUGCAGGACAAAUUUAGAUGUUUUAGAGUUGUAUGUCACUACAGUUUGAUCUACUGAUAAUGCUUGUUAAUAUAUCUGUGAUUGAUUCGUCAGCAGAAUUUGUUAAAAAAUAAUGUAGUUUUUAAUGAUAUUUGUUUUGACUAAAUCAUUUUGAAGAAUAUUGUUACAUACUUAAUGUGAUAGCUGUUUGCGGUAAUAUAGA